CAAGAAAAGUCAUAUCUAUUUUAUUAAGAAUUGACAUUUCUUUCAUUAUUUUUUCAAUAUUAAUUUAAUUUUAAAAAUAAAUUAAACUGGACUGAAAACGUGGAGGAGACUCAGCAGCACAUAAAUGCUGCUGUCUGUCGGUGACACAAACAUCUAGUUUGUAAAUCUAUACAAAAGGAGUUCUCCAAUAGUACAGGACAGCAGCCUGCAGCCAUGGCAGGCAAGGGUCGUGGGAUGGCUGCCUUUACCUUCAACAUAGAGGCCCUGGGCAUCGGCAGAGGAAGCAUGCCAGAGGCCAGGGUGGGGCCCAGCCCGCUCUAUCCAAGCACUGACUUUAAACCAGUUCCACUGAAAGUCGGUGAAGAUGAAGACUACAUGCUGGCCCUGAAGCAGGAAAUGAGAGGGACGAUGCAACGGCUGCCUCACAACAUCAAACUUCAGUCCAACAAAGCAGAUGUGGAGAAAUACUCUGAGAGAUACCUAAAGCAGAGCCAGUCGGAACAUGAGGGAUGGACUCCAGACUGGAACCUUUUUCCAAAAGAACUGAUGCCCCGAGUUAAAAAACCUCGAACUAAAGGCGCAAAGAAUAAGAAGAAUGUGAAAAGUUCAGGCAAGGAGGCGGCGGACGUUUUAAGCAAAUUAGACGAACUGGAGAAGAAAGAUGACGGAAAUGCUGAAAAGUCAGACGAUGAAGAAAAGAAAACCACAAACGAGGAUGAAGAAGAAAUAGAGGAGGAAGAGUACGAGGAGGAAGACGUUGAAGAGGACAAUGACUACAUUGAGAGUUAUUUUGACAACGGAGAAGAUUUUGGGGCCGACAGUGACGACAAUAUGGAUGGUGAAGCUACAUAUUGAAACAGCAGGACUCCAACUGGAACAUAGUGGCUAUGAGUUAAAUGUUUCAUAUUAAUGCAUUAUUUUCUAGAUUUUCUUUGAACAUCACUGUAAAUAAGAAUGACUUAAAAUCAACAGAAGAAUGUAUUGAAAAUAUAUUUAUUUAUUCUCCACGCUGGACCACAGUUUAAAGGCACAUACUGUCAAUUAUGCUUUGCUAAAGAAAAUCCAAGUAACACUGAUUGAAUAAAAGGGCUAUGCAAAAAGAUUUUAAAUGUUUCAUCAAACUCUUACUUUCAAUGGGAAUAACAGGGUGGUUCAUUAUAGCUAUCUAAAAGAGUCAGUCAUCAAAUACUGAUAGUGUAA